GCACCGCUAGCCGACCAUUAUCCGCCGACGGUUUUAACGUUCACUUUUCACAUUUUUACGGUUUCGCGGGACGCGCUGUCGUGGUGCAAGCCAUUGCCCCGGUGCGGUGCACCGGGCGGCAGGCACCCCCCGUCCGCCAUCUUUAUCGACUUACGAGUGACGAUUGACGAGUACAAGUACAACACUACAACCCGUGGGCUGUGACAAAAUAUUAUAAACAUUUUGGUUUUGAAAUAUAUUAUGUUAUUAUUUCAACCUUCAACCUCGGUGCCGGCUCGUUCGCAAUCUUGCCUCGUCUCGCGUCCACCGGACGAUCCGUUCCAUGUGCGCCGACGUUUUAAGUCCGCCUCGUUUUGUUCACCUUCAUGCCCGGCUGGUCGCACGGUUUAAGUCUGUCCGUUUUGCAUCCGCGCCGCCCGCGUUCGCCGGAUAAUGUGUGGACCGACGUGGCCACUGGCCAUACCCUCGUGGUUUGUGUUCGGUGCCCGCGCGGCCCGUUGGCCACUGGUGCUGUGUCGUUCGCAUCAUAACGCGUCCGCUCCUCGCUCAAGUUCACCGGACAAUCUGUCCAUCGCCGUUGACGUUCGCCACUUGCCAUUGUUGGCCCACGUGGGUUUUCAUUUUGUCUCGGCGUUCCCGACGUCCGUUGGGCAACAGCAUGGCCGCAUUGGACAAAUUCGGCCCGCCCGGUUUGCCGUACUUCACCAGCACACUUACAAACUGGCGUUCCUUGGUCAGCGCAGCCCCUUAUUGCUUGAACGGCCCACCGAGUUUUACUCGGCAACUCGCCGGGCCAAUCCAGCCUUGGGCAACGGCGCCUCUGACUUCCCAGUGCGGUACGCGAUCAAGCAGCUAGGCGUAUCAACUUUCAACCAGUUCUUCACGCAUGGCCAACCAGCGUCCAGCAGCCCGGGACAUCGGCGUAUGACCGUAAGAUACUGCGUGAAUCGAGUGACUAUGGCCUUACGGUAGACUGCAGUAGACGUUUCCGGGACUCGGGUAAACAAUAGGGACGGGCAAAAAUGUUUGAACAUCGAUAUACGAUUUUUGAAACAUUGAUGUGUUCGAUGUAUCGGUGUAAAAACAUCGAAAAAUUUUUUUUCCCUUCAGCUUUUAGGGCUAAUAUCUGAUGCACACCUAGGAUGGCUACCACUAGAUAACGUGUUUUGACCUACUCUCGCUCUCACUUGUGACCGCGCGGUUCAAACGAUAACUAUAUAAAGGCUUUCCAUACUUAUUACUAUCAGUGUGUAGUAUUCCCUGUCCCUCUUGAUUUUGGGUCAUGUCUAUACACUGGAUAGUGUUGUAGUCUGUACUCUGUGAGGCUACAUCAAUCACAACGGAAUUCAUAUCCACGUUCGAUGAACAGGGAAGAAGGAAUACACCUUAAUUUUUUUUACUGAAUUUUAUUGAAUAAAUCACCAAAUUUUAAAUGUUUUUA